CCCACAAACUCUGCGGACUUCAUCUCGACCGUUCGGCGCUGUGACGCAGCGGAACGUUGACGCGUAAAGUCAGACUUGUGAGGAUUUAACGCGCACUAGCGGACGUUUGACACGUUAUUUGGUGUUACAUUCUAGCUUUUCAUCGCUGGAGUUUCAGUGAGAAGUCUUUGGAUCACAUAACUACUGAAGUGUGAGCGCGUGACUCCGUGUAGAACCGUGUUUUUUAAACCGACCACUAAGUGAGUGAUGACGGAUCUGGAAACGUCAGCGCCGCCGCGCGCUCCAUCAUCCCGGCGGGGUUCAGAGGGAAAGUAAGAAACCACCUGUUGUGGAAGCUUUUUUUCCCGGAGCUUCUCACGGAUAAACCCGAGCUGCUGAAACCAGACUCCGGACAGAGCCGAGUCCGUCCGUGAGAGACGCGCGCACGCGUGGAGCGGAAUGCCUGUAUUUUUACGCACGGAGCAGAGAAGAGGCUCCGCUUUAAUGAGCGAUAAUCUCCACGGUCGUGUCUCCGGGCUCCGUGUUGUGUGUCUGCGGUGAGCAUGUUGCCAUGGUGCCCCGGACUCACAUGAGCAGGACGCCGGAGCUCCGGUCGGGAUGGCUCGGAAGGACGCGGUGAGGUGUCUCCGGUGUCUGCUGUACGCGCUCAACCUGCUGUUCUGGCUGAUGUCAGCAUGUGUGCUGGGAGUAGCAGCCUGGAUCAGAGACUCUCUGAACACUGUCCUGACCCUCACAGCCCACACCAGGCUGGAGGAAGCAGCCGUCCUCACGUACUCUCCAGCAGUCCACCCCGUCAUCAUCACCGUGUGCUGCUUCCUGUUCAUCGUGGCCAUGGUGGGCUACUGUGGGACCCUCAGGUGUAACCUGCUGCUGCUGACCUGGUACUUCUGCAGCCUGCUGGUGAUCUUCUGUGUGGAGUUGGCCAGCGCUGUGUGGACCUACGAUGAGCCGUCGGUCCAGCGCUCUGAUAUGAUCAGUCUGAAGUCUCGGAUGCAGAACUUCGGCCUGCAGCGUUACCAGUGGCUCACACACACCUGGAACAGCUUCCAGACAGAGUUUAAAUGCUGCGGGGUGAUCUACUUCACUGAUUGGCUGGAGAUGACAGAGAUGGAGUGGCCUCCUGACUCCUGCUGCUCCAAUCAGUAUCCAGGAUGUGCUCGCCACGCCCACUACCACGACCUCAGCGACCUGCACCAAGAGGGCUGCGGUCCAAAGAUCUACGGCUUCAUUCGAGGGACGAAGCAGCUGCAGGCGCUGCGUUUCCUGGGCGUGUCCAUCGGCGUGGCUCAGAUCCUCGCCAUGGCGCUCACCCUCACGCUGCUCUGGGCGCUUUACUACGGGAGGAAGUCUCCAGAGCCGGACCCGAACCAGGACCAGGACCCGGAGGACUCGGCCCCCCUCACCGUCACACACGGCCCCUCAACCGAAGACCCAAACAGACCCGAGACCACCUCCAAACCCGGAGAACAACGGUUUGAGAUGGAGCGACUGUCCUGAAAGGGUCUCUCACUUCCUGGUUACUGAGACCUGAUCCGGACCAGGAUAACGGACUUCAGCUACAGACCCGAUCCGGACCAGGAUAACGGACUUCAUCCACAGACCUGAUCCGGACCAGGAUGACGGACUUCAUCCACAGACCUGAUCCGGACCAGGAUGACGGACUUCAUCCACAGACCUGAUCCGGACCAGGAUAACGGACUUCAUCCACAGACCUGAUCCGGACCAGGAUGACGGACUUCAUCCACAGACCUGAUCUGGACCAGGAUAACAGACUUCAGCCACAGACCUGAUCUGGACCAGGAUAACGGACUUCAUCCACAGACCUGAUCUGGACCAGGAUAAGGGAUUAUAAAACUAUUAUUAUUAUGAUAGAAACGAGGAAUAAAACUAUCAAAUGUGAUAAAAAACCUUCUGAACUCUAAAGGAAACCUGAGGAGCUCAAAGCAUUCUGGGACUUUGAGUUUUUUUCACUGAAGGAGAACAUGAAGUGAAGAAGUGAAAAACUGAACAUCUUUAAAGUGAACGUCUUUGUGUCUAUUGGUUUGCAUGGUGUUGAAUAUUUAAUAAAAUCUGUCUCACUGCAAAAAAUUACGAAACAUUAAAGCAGGAUCAACUGUGGACGUUUGAUUUAGUGACCAGACUCUGCAGAUGAGGCGGGCGGGGUUAAACAAAGAUGAGAAAACAUUUAUUAUUUAUGUGUAUUAUUGUGAAGUCUGUUUCUCCACAUGUGGGAUUAUUUAACAUAUUAAAUAUCAAAAUCAAACUAUCCAAAAAUAUCCAUCUGAACAAUAAGGGUAUUUCCCAAAUGUUAUAAACCUGAGCCAGCCCUAACUACGAACCUGAACCAGCCCUAACUAUGAA